AUGUCAGAGCAUCAACCCCCAUUUGCCCCACAUGACCACGAAGAAGCAACAACAGUAGAACAGGACAUUGCGCAGAUUGUAAACCAGCCAAAUUUUGACCAUCUUGCCGAAGUGGCAACAGCGGGACAAAUAUCUUUGGUUGCAGAACCGACAGUUGCAACAGAUAUUGCAGAUCAUCACCAUCACGAUCCUCAUCAUCACCACCACCACGAUCAAUAUGUACAUCCAUCCAAUCCAGAAAUGGCUGGACUUCCUCCUGGCACGCAGCUUUCUCAAUUGCAUCCUCCCACCACAGGAGUACCAACCGCUGCAUCUCUUCACCACCAUCAUCAGCAAGUCCUUCACGAUCACGGUACUGGUCCACCUCCCAACAAGAAACAACGUCGUCGCUACGACAACAACUUUAAAGCUGCCGUCUUGGAUCAUCUAAAGAAUUCUCGCGCAAAGUUGCCCGCAAUUGCCAAACAGUAUGGAAUUCCCGAAAAUACGUUGAGAGAAUGGACCAAGGUCAACGUCGUCGAAUCCAUUGAAAAUGCCCGACUCAAUCAUGGAGGCACUCUCAAGGCUAAUAUGCAGGCCAACCCCAUGAAUCGCUUGGCUGAAUCACUCGUGGCAUUUUUCAAUGCCAAUGACAAGCAGCCAGAUGGAUUGCGCCAACCAAUAACCACCAAACUGAUUGUAUCGAAAGGAUUGGAAGCGAGAAAGAAGCUCCUCGAGCUGCAUGACAUUCAACCAUUUUUGGAUCCCAAAGAGAAAAAUACACUCGAGGGCUUUACAGGAAGUGAUAGUUGGGCCAAGAAAUUUGCCCGGCGACACUCACUCAAGCUGGCAGGACACAAGAGUCGGGUCCGAGAACUUGCUGAUAACGACGUCAAAGUGUACUGCGAACAAAUCCGACAAAUUGCCCAACGAAUGAAACAAGCUGGACCGGGAUUUGAAGAUAUAGCCGUCAUGCUGUUUCAAGCAGGUGACAAACUGGAAACCAGAACACGAGCAUUGGAUGUUCAGGCCCGAGUCAUGGCGGCGCAUCAUCCUCUAAUGUAA